UGUCGCUACCCUUGACAAACCGACAACAAUCCUACUCUUUUCUAUCCUAUGAUAUAACUCGGGACGACUUGGACACACAUCAGCUUUUAUCACGGCCCGUUUCAAACCGCAUUUUUCAUUUCAGUAACAGAGAAGCCUUUAUUCCCCCCCAGAGUUUCCCCCGGCCUAAGUUCUGGGAAUGCCUUACACGCCGCCCUCCCACCGAUCCCCCGCCUCCUCAGCGACCGUUUCACCGGAUGUGAGCCGACGAUCAUCAAUCACUUCAGGCCCGAAGCCUUCGCUGCCUCGUUCCGCCUCAUACCUCAGCAAGCAUCGUCGAACGCCGUCUGCCACACCGUCCAACACUGAGGCUCACGCUACGCCGUCUCCCCCCUAUGGAUCCUCCGACGAAGUCAAGAACGCUGGUAACCCUCCUGUGAGCGCGAGCUUGCGCAAGUCCCCCCCGCCGGUGACUGAUGAUCGAGGCAUCCCAAAUGGUGCCAUCAUCUCCCCGCCCGACUCAGCCUCAUCCGAUAGCGAGGAUGACAGCCGUCCGGAAAUUCGGGGAAGGAAGCUGGGGAAGCUUAGGGAUGCUGUCAGCCAGAUCCCUCAACCCCGGACGCCGUCACCCCCAAGCAAAGAAUCGAGACUAAGCCUCGAUGACGAUGCUACUCCUCGGAGCAUGAUACACACUAGCUUCAGUGCCAUGACAUUGAGCGAGCUUCCUAAGCGUCGAAAAGGCCAUGUUCGAUCUGCUACCGAUCCCGAUGCGUCUGCCAUCAUGACGUCUGCAGAGAACUCCCAGACUGUCUCGGAGGACUCUGAAGAUGACAUGCGGCCGAAGCCUCCCAUGGUACGCAAGAAGUCUGGCGAGCUGGUCCGACCGGCUCUGCGGGGUUACAAGCGGCCCUCGAGCAUGCCUGGUACCCCCGUGUUUGCCAAGGCCGUCCAUUUUGACUCCCAUCUGGAGCACAUCCGCCACUUCCUUCAGGUUGAUCGACCUCUUGCCGUCAGUGCAGGCUCGUCGCCAGUGGAGAACUAUGAAAGCGAUGCUGAGUAUCCCUUCCCUGGGGGUGAGAAAAGGGGCCCUGUUUCUCGAUCGCCGCCAUUUGACUGGCAGCUGAUCACAAACAACUUCCCCCAUGACUCCCUCCAGAGACGAGAGCAGCCUGUUCGUGUAGAGAGAGUUUGGCUCUCUCCGGAUCAAAAGUCGAUGAUGGGCUCUGUUGUUGUCUCCAACAUCUCCUUCCACAAGACUGUUGUCUGCCGGUUUACAUUGGACUACUGGAAGACGACGUCGGAAGUUGUUGCUGAGUUCAGCCACGAGAUCCGCCCCGUCGUUACUCGUAUCAGCCAAGAUCGCUUCACCUUUUCCAUCAAGCUGUCGGACACCACUAACCUGGAGACAAAGACAUUGUACUUUUGCGUUCGCUACAACGUCAAUGGCCAGGAGUAUUGGGACAGCAACAACAACUCCAACUUCCAGGUUGACUUUCGAAAGCAGUUCAAGCCACAGAAUGGUAAGAACUCCUUCCAAGGUGCUGGAUCGCGGUCGACUAGCAGUCUGCCGCGAAGCAACCGGAAGCAGAACUCUGCGGCCGCCGGCCGGUCUCUGCAGCGUUAUGAUUUUGGUGCCUCACUGAGUGCUGCCGUCCAGGCUGCCAAGGAUUCUGCGAGCAAGGACAGGGACGCUUUGUAUAUGAAGAGGAAUGUCCGCGAUAGCCCGAGCCCCAUGAACUUUGGCCCUCCCUUGAGCACACCGCCUGCUGCGGCGUCCAGCCAGUCCACUGCUGCUGCUGCUGCCGCUGCCGCCGCCUCCCCUUCGCCCGGUGUUGGCCUUGGCCUCGGCCUUUCUAGCUCCUCAUAUGAGGAGCUCGUCAGUAAAUACUGCUUUUUUGGUUCGAAGACAUCCCCCGCGGCUGCGACUAAUGGCACGACCAAGGCCGAUGAGAACGAGAGCGUUAGCCCGACAACGGUGUCUUCUGCAGUAGUUCCUCACGGCCCUCUUCACCAUGCCGGCCCUGCGGCUCAUCACAGCCUUCAUCAUCACCCCGUUGAUAUGAAACUUACUAGGCCGUUGACCGCCGACUAUCUCGCGGCAUCGAACUCGUCUGCCCUCGACUCCAUGUCCUCUGUCCUCAUCAGCAGGGACCAGCCGUCGGCUCCCAAGUCGAUGCCUCAUAUGAGAUCGCCAUCGCCAUCCUUUUCCACGUCGCCAACUGAUGCUCCCUUUUUUGCCCAGCAGAUGAUUCAACAGCGAUUUCGCUGGGGCGGAGAGCCUCAUACCGCAACCGCCAUCCGAGGCUAGAUGACCACUGGCAGCGGCUAUCGGAUGAGGACAGCUGCGAUAUGCAGGAUAUUCCUCACUUAACGCGAGGGUUUUAUUAUUUUUUUUUUUCACUCAAGGUUGAACACAAAGUUUUUACAACUGGUUUUUGGGUUUGGACAGCUGACAAAGCAAUACAAUGCCCCUGGUUUAACAAUGAGAGGCUCUUACAAACAUGGCCUCGUCGCUUUUUA